AUGGAAGAGCAAAGGGCUCACCUCUUCCCCGGACUCGCCGAUCGAGAUGAUGUAUUGCAAAAGAUUGUCGACACGCCGGGCUUCGACGAGGAUUUGUAUGAUUUGGUGAUCCAAUCUCAGUCGAAACGGUUCAACGAUCAGCGAACGGACAUCGAUGAUGUGCCGGGGUUGAAAUUUCUCGGCAAUUUGCCGCAUCACUCGGCCACAACAGUCCCAGAGGAGGAUAUCAUGGAGAUUAGAAUCGAUUUACCCGUGGAUCGUUGUGUCCCGGCUACCGUGACCCCAGUUCGGUGCUGGGCUGGCAAAGAUCAUUGGGAUUACGUCGUUUACCCAAAAAUAGUCCUAAACCAGUUUCCCGAUUCGCUUUUAUUUUUCUUUUCUCGUCAAUUCGUUGAAUGCCGAGAUCACGCGAACAAUCCAAAGGUGGUAAAAAAAGAGAAAUCGGCCUUGUUUUCGGGGAAUUUUCCAAGAGAAAGGCGCAUUGUCGAAAUUGGACAUCACUUUGAUGAUCCAGUCGCGAGUUUUUGCAAAAUGUCGAUUUUCACGAUUUUCCCCUACCCGAAAGAGGACGAGGAGAAGCUGACGAGGAAAGAAUGCCCACAUUGCUUGAAAAAACUUGACGAGAAGCCGGUCGAGCGUGUGCCGGAGAACCCGACGUUAAACGAGCGAAUAUGGGGAAGGUGGAGGCAAAGCGGACCCUACACGAGUCGUCAGAUCACUUGUAUGGGCGUUAGCAUGGGAGUGGCCGCCGGGGGCUUCUGGAUUUUCUACGGUUUCAUCAUUUUGGCGAUUAUUGCCCCACCUGGAGCCACAAGUUCGUCCGAGCAUCCAGGAUCUCUUCUCGAGCAAGCGAAAAUCUUGAGAGCUGUGCCGGCGGUCCUCAUUUCAGCCUUGAUACCCUCGUUUCCGCUUAUUUACGCCUCCCUUCUCUUGCCGUGCACGAGCCGAAAAACCGCGUUCGGUCUUUUCGUUUUCGCGCAAUUCCUUGUGUUGAUCAUCGUUCCGAUUUUGACGCGAUGCCAUCCAGCUUGCCGAGAAAGUGCCGGGAAAUUGGGAAAUGAGGCUUUGGAGGCGCUG